GAUUUUAAAAAUUACAAACCACAAAGAUGGCGACGACCAGCAGUGGUACAAAAAACCCAGAUACAGACGAGAAGAACAUUGAGAAAUGUUCGAUUUUAACACCAAACCAAACAAACAGUACAGAAGAAAAAUCUCCCAAUGAGCUUUUACAAAUGUCAAUGGAAGAAUUUUAUAGAGAUCGACCAAUAUUGAUCAGCAACCUGCCAGUGACUGCAAAUGAAGAUGAUCUAAAUGUACUUUUGGGCGCAUACAUAGCAAAGAGCAUAGAAAUAAUUCCUGGUCAAAGAAAAGCCCUGGUUGUACUUGAAAGUGGAAAUGAAAUUGAACAGUUGUUGCUAGAUUUACAAAACACCAAAUUCCAGGACUGUGUAAUAAGUGUAGAUCGAUGUGAAACAGAGAAACUUCUGUGCUGUGCACAUCUACCUUGUGAUUACACUCUACAAAAAUUCCGGGCUCUUGUAUCACCGUUCUGCACUGUCAAAAAAUGCUUCCUCUACAGGGGUCAAACAACAAAUGACUUUAAAUGGUAUGGUGUGGUGGAAUACAGUGCUGCCCUCAGUCAGAUCGCGAGCAUCCGCAUGGAACUGGAUUGGCGAUCUGUAGAAGGACACCAUGUGCAUUGUGAUUUUCUGGACAAGAGUCUCUCCUCCUACAGGAAACUGAACUCCAAAUGUUUGUUUGUGGACAAUCUGCCCAAGGAUUUUACCAACACUUCAGAGUUUAGAGAUAUUUUCAGUGCAUCAUCUAGUCCCCUUUACUGUCAGAUUGUAAUCAAAGAUGGAAAGUCCUUGGGUUAUGGAAUCAUUGAGUAUCGGUCUUGGCAAGAAGCUGAAAAAUCUGAAAGACACCUAAAUGGCCACAAGAUUUUGGAUGUGCCAAUGAGAAUCACGUACUGUAUACCAGGGAUCUCAGCUGUUACAAUCUGUGCUCGACUUAUGAGUAAAUUUGACAAUCCGGCAGAGACGGUGUGUAAACCAAGCUUGCUGCCAGACCCUGUCCAUCCCUGUAAGGAGUUACUGUGUAACCCUCUGGUUCAGCGCCUGGCAUCUCAACACCCUACAUUGAUGACGAAAUUUGAAGAGGCAUUACAAAAGAUGCAUAAAACCUAUGUAAAACAAUUGACCUCCAAUCCAGAAAAACCAGGUUUGCUGGGCCCUGCUCCUGUUAUGCCUUUAAGUCCUUUGAUGACAGUCACUGUUCAGCUGGGGCUGUUUAUUCUGUUGGCAUUCCAGUUUCAAUUGCAAGCUCCCAGUAAUCAGUUCUUUGAUGUGGACCUCACAGAUUUGAUGUCAAAGAAAGUCAAUAAUAACCAGUCAGAGAAGCCAUCAUUGCUUGGAGAUCCCUAUGCCUCUCAGUCCAACAUUAUUCUACAGAGUCUACUCUCCAAAUUGUCCCCAGGAAAACCCAGUCAGUCUCAUGCUGGUUCUGAUGUCAGCUCAAUGUUAAUGUCUGUGUCACAAAACUUACAGAACAUUGAUGUGGGCGGCCUUAUGAAUAUAGGACAGAUUGCUGGACAAUUAGGUCAUGAGAUAGGCUUUUCCUCUGUGGAAGUUCCACCACUCAUGGAUAUGCCAUUAAAAAAUUCUAAAGAGGGAUUACUAGGAGCAGCACCUCCAGAAAUUCUUGGAUUAGUGCAUAGAGGCCAAGUACCAAAGAAGAGCUUGUUUUCCAAUCAGAGCAGUCCAGAGGGGGAUGUUAAACAGUCCCUCCUUGGAGAACCCCCUCAGAACUUAAUACAGAACUGGGCAUCUAAGCCUAAAAGUGGAGGUCUUCUGCCAAAUCCAGAUGCUGCACAUAGUCACCAAAUAAAAUCACAGGGAGGAAAAAGAGAACAUGAUGAAUAUGAUCAGUACUAUGGAUACCGCAGGGGAGGUACACCUCAGGAAGAAGGUGGAUAUUACAGUUCUAACUAUCAGCAUCCUGAAAAUGCUUAUGAAGAAAGUUACAACUACAACCAAGAUCAGCGUUACAUGGAUAUAGCAGCUAAAGCAGCUGCAUACGCAGCCUAUAACCAGCCUAGCUAUAAUUACAGCAGUUAUAGUGGGCAAGAUGAGUCCUAUAGCUCGGGGUAUGGCAGUGUGUCAGGGCAGGAAUACGAUGACUCGUAUAGUUAUAGCAGUACUGAUUACAGCUAUAAGGGACACACAAUAGAGGCUCCGCCCACUCAGUACUCAACAGCUCCUCCUACGAACUCUGGCUACGAACAACUUCAUCCUCCCGGUACAUCCACAAUGGAGCGCCCGCCUUACCCAACGAAAGAUUAUCACCAUCCAAUGUCAACACCAUCAUAUAAUGAACCGAUACAGCCUCCUUCUAAAAGCAGUCAACCUCUACUGAAAACACCACAAGGCCAGAAGAGGAGUCUCAGUCAAUUGUUACCUCCCCCUGAGCCCAGUCCUGAUGGGGACUACGUGGGACAACAUUCACAGGGCAUCGGGGGUCAUUAUGCCACAUCAUACGCCAAUAAACGUCAGAAAGUGUCCCACACAAGACUGAUGAUGCAGUAUUGAUCACUAUUUUUUAGCUUUUGGUAGAUCAUCUGAAUCAUUAAGGUGAUCUAUUGUAACCUGUUAUGUCUGUUAUUGUGCAUUAACAUCCGACCAUUUUCAACUCUCAGACCUCCCUAUAUUUUUUUUUAAUGUGGUUACUACUGGGUAAAGGGUACAAAAAAUCCCUGAGACUGAGAGACAGGAACAAAAUCUAAACAAAAAAUUCUCUAUAUAAAGUCUUGUUUAUUUAAGAAAUAAAUGUCAUUUUUUAAAAUACACAAGGGUAUGACUUGCAAUGCUGCAUGCCGGCAUACUUCAUGAAGUGCGUUAGCUGCCUACUUUCAUUUCUAUCAGAAUUCCCAGUCUUUAAAAUAGACAUACCCUAUUUAUCAAGAUUCAUAAGCACAUUGUUCACAAUAAUCCAAGAUUCCUCCGACUCUUAUCCCUGCUUUUAUAUUGACAUGUCUGCACAUGUCACAAUUAAAAAGUGGGGGCAAGAGUCAAAUGAAUCUCGGAAUAUGAUAACAACCAAAGUGCAUUCAUGAGGAAAAGGCUUUAAUUAAAAUAUGUAAAGAUAUCAAAUGCAAAAAUAUUGGAAAUGUAAAUACUUAUGGACAUCUAGCAAAUAUAGCAUGUGUAUAGUUAUAAUGUCAGAGUAUGGAUACCUCUACAAAAAUUAUGAAAUUCCUGGUCAGGUUCUGAUGGGCUCUGUGGAUCAUAUCAUGAAAAAAAAAAUCUUUUGUAAACAGUGAACAAUCAAACUGAAUUCAUGAUUAUAAUGAUAAAAGGGGGUGGGGGUGAAGGGUGUCUAUCAAAACUGAAAUUCAUGGUCCUUGUCAGGGAUCCUGGUUGUAGGGCAGGACUUUUGUAUAAAUGAGGGAGGCAAUUUCCAGAAAUAAUGCAGAUACUGAUUUGAAUUCAAAGUAUCUUGUACAUAAUAUUUCAAUGCAUUUUUAAUCAUGUUAGGAAGACAUAUGUUUGAGGAGAUAAGUUUCAUUUUGUUUUGAAUAUGUUGGUCCUGAAGGUAGCAUGUAUUUGUUUAAUGAGAUAUUAUCAACUAAAUUUAAAACUGGUACAGUAAGGAAGCUUCUUUUUUCAAAUAUAUAUUUGUAAAGUGACGUACAGCAAACACCUAUUGUGUUUUAUUUUAGUUGCAUUCCUUUAGAAGGAAUUGUGCUAUCUAUUUUGUUAGAAGAUUUACAGACUUUUAUGUUACACAAAGGGUUUUACAUUUUGAGUAAUUUUAUGUCUUCUGUUAUGAUUGGAUUAUUAGGUAUGUCAGUAUAUUUUAUGCGCUUUUGUUUUAAAAGAGACUAUGGGAUAUUUUUUUAAGGGGUGGGUAGGGAGAAUGAUUCCUAAAUAUUAUUCUGUCUGUUUCUUUGUCUUUCCUCAACUAUAACUUUGGUCAUAACUUUUGAACUGUACAAUGUAGAGACAUCAUACUUGGUGAAAAGGAAGGUCAAGUUUAUAUUUACUUGACCAUUUAAGGUCAAAGGCAUCCACAAAUUCCAAGGUAAUUUAAUUUGACCAUGUUCAGUGAACUGUACUGCAUCUCGUGUCCUUAAAAAUAUUAUGUAUUUGAUGUGGCAAUACUUUAUACUAACAAUGAUUUGAAUUCUGAGUAGAUUAUGCAUAACAUAUAUAUAUAUAUUUGAGUUAUUUGAAUAUGUGGUAUUUUAGGAAUGAUAAACAAUACCGGUACUUUAUAUGUAAUUGGUCAUGAAAAAAUGUAAAUCAGGUAAAAAGUUCUCUCACUCCUAAAGUUGGUUUUUAUUUUUCACAUGCUGUAAAUUUCAUGUAGUUGCAUGAAUGAAUGAGGUGCUUUGAGAAUAUGUAAUCAUCAACAGUUAUUGCAGUUAUUUUCCAUUAUUGUACAUGAGAAAAUUUUCAGUUUAUAUAUAGUUGUUGAUUUUGUAGGGUGUGUAUGUGUAACAUUUACAUGAUACAGUUGUAGUAGUAAAAAGCUUUUAAUAUUUUAGUUGCCAGUACAACUCCCACAAGUUUCACUGUGAAAUCCUAUUAGGCAGCUCAAAGUUCAUGUUAUUGGCAUACAAGUCCUUUUAUUGAGUGCUGUGUACUUAUAAAUUUGUUGGCACUCAGGGACCAACAAAAUGUGCAUAUGCAUCAGCACAAUUUUCAUUAUGGUCCUACAUUAGAGUAUUAUUGUAUUUUCAUCAACAUCUGUUUAAAAUCACAUCUUUUGUUACAACUUGCAGGCAACCCAAACCCAAACCUGGGCAUUCAAAAUAACCACACAUAUGGUAUUAUUAGUUUAAGAGAGAAUUUCUUUGUGGGAGGAGGUUUGGGUGGUAUGGAAUUCCAAAACAUGAAGACCAGUUGGAAACUAUUACAGAAGUGAAAGCAAAGUACACCAUGUUGCUUUUGAAAGAUAUUUAUAAAUAUAAAAAAAUUAGGGGGGGGGGGGAGGGUAUAUAUUUAUAGAAUAGUGCACUCAAAAGAGAUAUGAUGUUGAGAGCACUGCAUUUGAAUUUUAUCAUUGUGUACAAUUCAAAACAUUUACAAACUGUCAAUACAACCAAUUCUGGUGAUGUUAUACCAUUUUUUUGAGGGAGGAUAUAAUGCUAAACAUACAUGUAAAUUCUCCAUAGUGGUAUGCUAAAUUCAAGACUCAGCAUAAUUGGUGAAGAAUACUUUAAGAGAAAACAUGCCAUAUUUAUAUUUUGCAUUUUGGUGAUUUUCAAAUUGUAGAUUUGGUAUAAAAGUAUGUUUUUUGAUUUUUCUUAAGUAUUCAUGUUUUAUGUUCAAAAUGUAAUCAAUAUAAUCAUCUAGGACUUUGUUUAAUGUCUCCAUACAUUUUCAUUAUUUGUUGUAUACAUUCUGAAUAUUUGUAAUUAAUGUAAUUGUAAAUAAGAAAGUGAUUGUAUUGGUAAAUAGCUAAAUCAGCAGAUACAUGAUAUAGAAAUUUCUUAACCCAAAUCAUGCUUGGAAUACUUGUUAACAUUAGAGUGUAAUUUUACUUUCUGUUUAACAGAAGACAUAUUUAUGAUGGAUGUGUGCUCUUCAAACAAUAUUCCAUAAAAUCCAUGCAUACUAAAA